GUCGUUGUAGACUGUCGUUCAAUGUCGGUAUUCAUCGGUUGCCCGCUCGAUUCGUCCAAUACGCUUAGUACCUACCGUGUUAUUUGGUCAACCGCCAACACACCUAUCUAGUAUCUAUAUUUCGGUGCAUAAACAUUUACCAUAUUACAAUAUUUGUGUAUCUGUGUUGUUACUUGUUAAUAUAAUAGGUCUAUCGGAGCAGUAAGAUAGUAUCAUUGCGCAGUUGUGUCGUUUCAUGUUUCUGUGAGAAAAUUAAUCGUCGCCACAAUGAGUGCAAGAGAUCCCCCACACCUGUGCCAUGUCAAUAGUUGAUAACAGAUUGAUAAAAGUGUUGAAACGUCAAAAAGUUAUUUUGCGACCGUUUAUAGUUUCUUAAAUUAGUCAUUAAGAUUAAACGCGUUAAUUAAACAAGCAGACCAAAUAAAUACAAAUAAGAGGAAUCGGAGGGUUUACAAUAUUCACAGUUAAUUAUCAAUAAAAAAAAAAUGUCACAUCACAGCGAUGAUAAUAUGCUGAUAGCAAGCAGCGAUUCGUUUUGGGAACCCGGUAAUCAUAAACGUACCACUAAACGUAUUGAAGAUGGCUAUCGAUUAUGCAAUGAUCUUAUUACACUUAUACAAGAACGAUCGGACAUUGAGAAAGCGUACGCCAAAAGUCUGAAAGGAUGGUCAAAAAAGUGGAAUGAAAUUAUUGAAAAAGGCCCAGAAUAUGGUACGACAGAAGCGGCUUGGAAAGGAGUAUUAGUCGAGGCUGAUCGACUUUGUGAUUUACAUGUAAGAGUGAAAGAUGAUUUGUGUAAUGAUAUCAUGCAGCAAGUUAAAACGUGGCAAAAAGACAACUAUCAUAAGACUGUAUUACAUAUUAAAGAACGGAAAGAAAUGGAAGAAUCAUUCAAAAAAGCUCAAAAACCUUGGUGCAAAUUAUUAACCAAAGUUAAUAAAACUAAAAAUGAUUAUCAUAUUGCAUGUAAAGCAGAGAAGUCUGCAUCUAAUCAAGAACGUAAUGCUUCUGCUGAUAGUUCAUUGUCUAUGGAUCAAGUAAAGAAAAUGCAAGAUCGCGUUGCUAAAUCUAAAGAAGAAGUGCAAAAAGCCAAAGAAAAAUAUGAAAUGACUCUACAAGAGUUAAAUGCUUAUAAUCCAAAAUAUAUGGAAGACAUGACGGUUGUAUUCGAUCGAUGUCAAGAAACAGAAGCCAGAAGGUUACAGUUUUUCAAAGAUACUUUAUUUACAAUACACAAGUGCUUAAAUAUCUCUCAGGACCCAGUUUUACCUCAGAUAUAUGAAGAAUUUUAUCACACAAUCAAUAAUGCUGAUCAUGAAAAAGACUUGCGAUGGUGGUCAAAUAAUCAUGGAGUUAAUAUGGCUAUGAAUUGGCCAUUGUUUGAGGAUUAUAUAGAAGAAUUCAGAGAUAUUUCCAAAGGCAAACUUAAAGAAUCCAUUCCAGCUGGAACAAUUACAUUAAUUAAUCAACGAUCGGUCGGAGAAGAUUUGCAUGUAAAUGAAUUACAUAUGAACAAUCCGAAAGUUAACAGUAAAAAACCAGCUGCUGCUUUGCCACGAACUAAUGGAGGCACUGAUAAUCACAAACAGUCUCCAGAUAAAACAGACGCGGUAAAAUCACAUCCAAUAACAAAUGGGGGGUCAAACAGCCAAACACCAGAUUCAAACCCAUUUGAAGAGGAAGAAUGGGAUGAGGAAGAAGGAGUUGGUCCCGAUGGUGCGCUUGUGGACAACGGCGAACCCGGCGUACCUGUAAAAGCCCUUUACGAUUAUGAAGGCGCUGAAGCAGAUGAACUCAGUUUUAAACAAGGAGAUCUAUUUGAAAAACUGGAAGAUGAAGAUGAACAAGGUUGGUGUAAGGGACGCAAAGAAGGACGAGUAGGUUUAUAUCCAGCAAAUUAUGUGGAAACUGUGUCAUAAUAACGAAAAAUAGGAUACAAAUUUAUAAAUGGUAUAUCAAAUAUUACUUUUUAAAAAAUCCAAUGAAAAUGAAUAGAGAGACUACUUUAUAUUAAAGUUUGUCCUAUGGCCAAAAUUAAUGUGAUCCAAUUUUUAUUUUUGGGAAAACUGAUUGUUUUAAUCUAAUAUUUUUUGUUAUUAAUUUCAAAUAAAAUUAUGUUAAGUUUCAAUUUUGUUAUUUUAAAAUAAUGUAAUACAAGGCAACUAUGAGAAGGUAUUUAAAUUAAUAAU